UACGCCGAAAUCAGCAACUUCAUCGCGCUGCGAGACUCAUUUUCUUAUUUUCAUAAAAUAUCCACGAACUAGAAUCAUGUCGGACAAGGAAAACAAGGAAAAGCCCAAGCUUGAUCUAGGUCUUCUGGAGGAAGAUGAUGAAUUUGAAGAGUUUCCCGCCGAAGACUGGACCGGAAACAAGGAGGAUGAGGAAGAACUGAGCGUUUGGGAAGACAAUUGGGACGAUGAUAAUGUGGAAGAUGAUUUCAAUCAGCAGCUGCGUGCACAGCUCGAGAAGCACAAGUGAUUGUCGUACAUUUAUUUCUCAAGGGAACAAACAGGUUAAAUAAAUGUUAAACUAAACGUCCA